AUGUUCUCCCGCACUACCCAACCGCCCGAGUACACCGCCCUCGCCCUUCACGCAGAGGAUGAGCCCCUGACCAAAGACGUCGAUCGCGACUCUGACCUCCCCGCCCAAUCCGGAUCAGACGAUUUCCCACCUGUCCAACCUCAGUCUCAGCUCUUGCCUAAGCUUGUGUUGUACGCCUCCCUCGCUCUCGCUCUUCUCUCAACGGUCAACGUACUUCUCCUCCCUACAACGUUGCACCAGUAUCUUUCCUACCCGUUCUCGGAACAGGAGCUCAAGGACUUGCCCUUCCCCGACCAGAGGCUCGGGUUGGACAGAGCGGCUGCGGCGAUCCCUCCCCCUCAAGUCUACUACCGCGCCUGGCCGGACCGGAUCGUGCGCGUUAGCCGGAAGCUCAAGAACGCUGUGUAUGGGGAUGGAGUGCAGGUGUACGUCACAGUCGAGGACUCGACAAUCAUGCGCUUCCCGGUCCCGGAGCAAGGGAACGCUUGUGCCGUCAGUUGGAUACCCCCUCCUACGUACUCGGGGCGGAAUAACGACCUGACGACAAAGGGUGACAUCUCGGAGGUCGAAGUCUGGUCUGUCCUCCCCUCCCCCUCCUCUACGAACCCAUACCCGGGAGAGGGGGAGAUCGAAUACGAGAACAUCUCGUAUUCCACGCUGCCGCGGGGCGAGCUACUGGGAGUGCUGGACUUGACCCAAGGGCCUAAUUCGACUACGCAGGAGUUUGCUUGCCCCCGAGAUGGGGAGGCGUUGGUGGUCGAGUUCAUGUGUCAGCGGGUUGCGUGCCAUGUUUCGUUUAUGCAGAUCGAGAUGGAGCCUAAGUUUGGUAUGUCGUGA